AUGAUUACUCCCGGCCUAGAACGUAUUACUCGCCUCCUGGCCCGCACGCCUCUGCCCUGGCGAGCCAUACACGUAGCAGGCACAAACGGAAAAGGCUCCAUAUGCGCCUACAUAUCUCGCAUGCUGGACGUUUAUAACAACUCUCUUCAGAGGCACCGCAACGCUGAUGAAAGGCCCGCCCUGCGGAAGCAUCAGCGUGCUUCUGGUCGAAUGCUAAUAUACGAGCGGUUGAGACACGCUCGAUUCACCAGCCCGCACUUGGUGGAUCGCUGGGAUUGUAUCACGAUCGACGGGCAAACGGUACCUUCCAAAGCUUUCCAUGAUGUGGAGCAGCGCGUGCUGCGGAGGAACGACGAAGAGGAAGUCGGUGCCAGCGAAUUUGAGUUGCUGACUGCCACUGCGUUCGAGAUCUUCACUGAGCACAGGGUGGAUGUUGCUGUUGUUGAAACUGGAAUGGGCGGGAAGCUAGAUGCUACGAACAUCGUCGGGCUGCAAGAAGGCACUGAAAAGCCUGCAUCGCUUUCGUGGGAGGAGUUCAGACCUCUGCCUCUUGUUACUGCCAUCUCGAGUAUCGGGCUUGAUCAUCAAGCUUUCCUGGGUGGUACUUUGGCAGAGAUCACGCGAGCAAAAGCGGGCAUCUUCAAAGAUGGCGUUCCGGCUGUAUAUGAUCACGAGAAUCCGAAAGAGGUUAAAGGGAUUCUUGAAGACGUUGCUCGGAGGAUUUGUAUUCCGAUACGAUCAUUAGGACAUCCUGAAGGGUCAAAGGAUCAUUUAUACGCCUACGAGCACUUAGAGGAGAUGUUGCAGCUCUAUCCACUACCGCCCCAUGCCAAACGAAAUGCCGCGGUCGCAUUAUUGGCCACCUGGACAGCACUCCAGCGACUCGAGCGGCCGCCAUGUUCGACAACAACGGAAGACGAUGUCCUUUUAGGGAAGGAGUGGACGACCGCGAAUGCGUUCAUUGACUCUAUGCUCGACGUCAUACCGGAGACCACCUUUCCAGGACGUCAACAGCUUAUUGACCUUCAAGAUCUGACCGGCCGGAAGCAAGCGGUUCUUCUCGAUGGCGCACACAAUGCAGAAUCUGCUGAGUCGCUGGGGAGAGUCGUCCUCCGUUCUCGAACUCAUCCGGACAGACCGCAUGUGUCUCAGAGAGUUACCUGGGUUCUCGCCGCUUCUGACACCAAAGACCCUAAAGAUAUUCUCACUCCUCUCCUCAAAGACGGAGACACGGUGGUUGCCGUCGAGUUCGGACCUGUGGACGGCAUGCCGUGGGUCAAGCCACUCAACAACGAGCGACUGCUGGAAGCUGCUAGAUCUGUCGUCUCGGAUCUUGAGUCCUUGAACGUACACACGGCUGGUAAAGAUGUGCUGGCUGCAUUGCGAACUGCGAGCCAGAUGGCGAACGGAGGACCGAUGGUCAUUGCAGGAAGUCUGUACCUCGUCGGCGACGUCCUCAGACUUUUACGGGACGCAGAAACUGUCUGA